CUCGCCCUCUUUAUCAAAUAUUAGGCUUACCAUAGUUGGCGAGAAUACGGUCAGGGACUGUAACACAGUUUGUGUUGGUGUUUCACCCACCCAGUUAAAAUAAAAAGUGAAGCUCCAAUUACUGAUUAGUGUUACAUUAACAUAGGGAAGAGCUGGUUUUAUUCUUAGAAAUUACAUAGCAAUGAGAGAAUACAAGAUAGUAGUCCUCGGAAGUGGAGGUGUUGGUAAAAGUGCCUUGACAGUACAAUUUGUACAAGGUAUAUUUGUGGAGAAAUAUGAUCCAACUAUAGAGGACAGCUACAGAAAGCAAGUAGAAGUCGAUGGUCAACAGUGUAUGCUGGAGAUCCUGGAUACAGCAGGAACAGAACAGUUCACAGCUAUGAGGGAUCUCUACAUGAAGAAUGGACAGGGAUUUGUCUUGGUGUACUCCAUUACAGCACAGUCCACCUUCAAUGAUUUGCAGGACUUACGAGAACAGAUUCUACGUGUGAAAGACACAGAUGAUGUUCCCAUGAUCCUGGUGGGUAACAAGUGUGACCUGGAGGAUGAAAGAGUUGUUGGGAAAGACCAGGGAGCAAACCUGGCCAGGUCUUUCAACAACUGUGCCUUCUUGGAAUCCUCUGCCAAAGCCAAAAUUAAUGUUAAUGAGAUAUUUUAUGAUCUAGUGAGGCAGAUUAACAGAAAAAAUCCUGAGAAAAAGACAAAACCACCAAAGAAAAACAAGUGUGUAAUCUUGUAGAAACUUUGCUGUUCUAAAACUGCCAAGAAGCUGGGAGAGAAAUUGGGGUCCAUCUUCUAGCUCUGCUGUACAGUUUAUUUGUCAUCUUUCUGACAUUAUUUCACUGUUUGUUAAGAGUUAUAAAAUAUUCUUAGUGCCACAGUUCUUACUAUAUAGUUGGUUGUCAGUGCCAGUUCUUCCAAGACGUUUCACAUCUCGCUGGCUGUAACGGGUUAUGACCUGGAAUAAGUCUAUUAGUACCUUUAAAGACCUGUGUUAACAUUGCCAGUGACACCUAAUGUAUGGUGCUAAUCUUGUGUGUAAGUUACAUUUCUUGCUUUAAAACUCCUUCCUUAAAACCAAAUCAAUUCUAUCUAGCAAAUCUGAAGCUUGUGUAAAUCUUUCUUUUCUUUUUUUAGUAUCAUUAAAAAUUUUAUGUAUUAAUUUUGUUGGAAAACUUUGUGAAAAGUGCAUCUGCCUGAUGCUUAUUGUCAAGAUAUAUUAAUUCAGAAGAUUGCAAAUAUUUUGAAUUAAAUUUAAAGAGAUGGCUCUUUUUUUUUAUGAUCCUGUUAGAUAAUCAUGAAACAUUAAGCAGUGAUGUAUAAGAACGAUUUUUAAUAUGUUUUGUCUUUUUUUCAACUAUAGAAGAAGCUGAAACAUGUAGCAACCAGAUCUAACCUUUAUAAACAAAGUGAUCAAGUUUCUCAUUAAUCACUUUAAAAUAUUUUGUUGAUUUAGACUUUUCAUAAGGUCUCUUACAUUAAAAGAUAAUCUCUAUUGGUUUAAAACUGUCUUCGUAUAAAUGUUCCAGUGGUUACAUAUAUAUAUAUAUAUAUAUUAAGAUGCAGAAUUGGAACAUGUUGAAAGCCAGAGGAACUUCACAGGAAAGUUAAACAGAAUAUAGAUUCCUAAUUAUAAUUAGAAUAUAUUAAAAGUUUUCUCAGAUGUGUUAAAAUUACUUUCAUAUACACACACACACACACAGCUUAGGAUUUGUUUAAAGCUAAAAAACAUAUUUAAUUUUUUUGUUAUAAAAAUAUAUCAAAAGGUCUAAAUGCUAACUUUUUUGUUGAGGCAGAGUUUUAUUUCAGAUGUUUUUGUUAUUUUCCUUUUAUCAUCAUAUUGAAGAAAAAACUUUAUUAAUUUGUAAUUAUUUGUAUUGUGCAAUUUAUUUUAAUGUUAUUGUGAAAUAAAGACCAUUAAGUGUACUGCCAAAUCAGAGAAGGAAUGAUGUAAGUUUUUUUUUUGUUCCUAUUUAUACGAUACGUAAAAGUGUGUGUGUCAUACUUAUGAUAUGUUCUCAUGGGGAGUUUUGUUAAGCAUUUUCUUCUGUUAUAUGGAAAAUACAGGAAGUCUUGACUGCUGUCCAAGAUAUUUUACUGAGUAAAACAAUGUAUCACAAGUAAAUCUGUUAAGUUCUUAUGGCACUACAUGAACUACAUUAUCAUGAACACUUGAUUCAUAAUUUAAGUCCAACAUCUUUUACGUAAUUUGUUAAGCUUGCAAGUUCUUCAGAAUUAUCUCAAAAUGUGAACAUUCAACUUAUGUAACUAUCUGUUUUGAAGCAGUGGAAAUCAGUAGGUUAGUGUUUAGAAUUGAUAAAUGACAUUAUAAAGAGAGAUUUGGUUCCUUAGCUAACCCUAGAAUUCAUUAUCAGACUUAUUUUAUUGAAAAAAUAAUAAACAUAAUGUGAAUGAUUUCUGUUUAGUUUUGAUAAUUUGUUUCAAUUCAGCAAUGCUAGAGAAUUUUUUUUAUUUUUACAAAUUGGUUCAUUUGCUGCAAGUUUUAAGUAUUGAUAUAAAUAAAACUGGACUUUAAUCACAUAUUCUAUGUUUGCACAAUUUGAAAUGUUAUAAUGCUUUGAAUAUUGCAAGGAUAUAUGAUAUAAUCAAAAUAAAGCAAGCUAUUUUUAUAGUAUAACUCCAUAGGAUAUUAAUACACUAAAUAUUUCAACCAAGGAUUAGCUUUCAGCAUGGUUAUUGUGUGUAAUAUCUAGUUAAAAGCAUGCUGUUAUUUUUGUUGGUAAAAUAUCCCCAAGGCAAAGUUACAUACUACAUAAUUAGCCAAUAGUAAUUUUAUAAUAUUCCACCAAAGCUAGUUCACCUUAUUGUGACUAACAUAAAUAUUUCUAAACCUUGUCUUUCUGUUUACCAUAACAAAUUUUUAGUAAAGAAACCUCCAAAAAAUUAUAUUGUUUGAUUUUAAGAAAUCUUGUAAAAAUUUACUAAUACACACCAAGCAUUUUUUCCCAUGAUAAAAUAUUGUCCUUCCAAGCAAACUUUAGAAUAAGAUUGAGAAUAAAAAUUUUACAGAAAGAAAUCAUUUCUUUCCUAAACCUCUUAAAGUGGUAUUUGUAAAAUGUAAAACUUGCUAUAUAUCUUGUCAUAGUGUUUCAUUUAAUUUACUCCAAAAUGAUUGUUAUUAAAGAAGCACAUUUUGUGGAAUAUGAUCUUAAAUCUUAUCUGAGGUCUUUUUUUUUUUUUUUUACAGUAGAUUGUUUGUGAACAUAAUCCAUUGAAGUGGUAAACACAGCACUGAAUGCAUUUGGUAUCUUGAGAUGUAGACUGGGACAAGCUUUCUGUACUACUAUGUUGAUAUGUUCACUGAAUGCAUUUGGUAUUUUCAAACGUAGACUGUGGUACAAGCUUUCUGUACUACUAUGUUGAUAUGUUCACUGAAUGUAUUUGGUAUCUUCAGAUGUAGACUGUGGUACAAGCUUUCUGGUUCACUAUAUUAGUAAACACAACACGACACCUGUUUAGUGUCUUCUGAUGUAGACUGAGGAACAAGCUUUCUGUACUACUAUGUUGAUAUGUUCACUGAAUGUAUUUGGUAUCUUCAGAUGUAGACUGUGGUACAAGCUUUCUGGUUCACUAUGUUAGUAAACACAACACUACACCUGUUUAGUGUCUUCUGAUGUAGACUGAGGUAUAAGCUUUGAUUCACUAUAUUAGUAAACACAACACGACACCUGUUUAGUGUCUUCUGAUGUAGACUGAGGUACAAGCUUUCUGGUUCACUAUGUCAGUAAACACAACACUACACCUGUUUAGUAUCUUCUGAUGUAGACUGAGGUAUAAGCUUUCUGGUUCACUAUAUUAGCAAACACAGCACUGGAGACCGUGGUACAAACUUUCUUGUUUUUGAAAUAUUAUUUUUGUUUUGUUUGAAGUGAAGUCAGGUGAACAUUGUAAUAAUGUUUUAACAUAGACUUGUCUUUUUGCUUCCUGUCACUUGUGGAGCUAUGUCAUGCAUCUUUCUUAUGCUAAUGGAAUAUUUACUCAAUUGAUAUUUGAAUCAGAAUAUAUUAUUAUUUUCUUGCCUACAUAUCUCUGUAAACAACAUAAAAUUAGUUCUUGAUUUUAACAAAUCCAUUAAAAACAUCUGUCCCCAAUUUUUGAAUAAAUGAUAAUUGUAUGUUUUCAAAUAGUUCUUAGUAGUUAUUAUAAUACAUUAAUAUGACUGAUAUUCGUGUAUUAGCAGACUGAAAGCAUAGUACAAAUAAUUUUUUUACUGAACAGG